AUUAACAACUCAGCAUCCAAAAUGGAUGGUUGUCGACGAGCUAGAAAGCGAGUCUAUGUAACAUAUGUGAUCUCAUUUGUGCUGCUCUCAACCUUUUUUUACUACCUCAUGGCCCACAACAGCAGGAAUAAUUUGGGUAUAAUGCGACUUCGUGAGGAUGUCGAUGAUAUAUCGCACAUCCUGCGUCAGCAGCAGAUAGACAGCAAAGUGGCUCAGGGCUCGUGCAAGUUCAAUUGCCUUGGAGGGGAACCGAAGGGAGUAGGAUCUGGAAUGUGCAAUAACCGGGAUGUAAGUGCCUAUGUGGAUACUCUGUUCAAGCGCAAGAUUGGACAUUUGAUGGACGACGUUUACAAUCUGAAGAAGCAAGUGAUGAGUGCCGAUUGCUCCUCCAAAAGUGCCCAAUCGACUCCGAAACCCGAAUCCGUGGCGCUGGCCAAGCCUCGCAUUAACUAUGCUUCGGAGGAGCUGGGUGCCAGGAUCAUUAAUGUGAAGGCACACUCUAUUGAUGGUACCAAUAUUAUCAGAAGUCUUCUGGGUCUGGACUUCAGCACUAAUCCGCCGGUGAAUAUGAUUCGAACUGGGCUUUCUCCGGGUUCAUGCUUCGGAUUUAAUGGAAGCCGGGCCACUGUGACUCUUCAUCUGGCCAGGACCAUCAUCGUGGAGGCCAUAACCCUGACCCACGUGGCCCGCGAAAUGACGCCCGAUUUGUGCGUGAAGAGUGCGCCCAAAAACUUCGAUGUAUAUGGAUUGCGAAGCGAAAAUUCCAAGAGGGAGCUGUUGGGACAGUGGAGUUACGAUAACGCGGCCAACAAGCGUACUCAGAGCUACAGUGUGCGCAGCGACACCUUUUUUCGAAAUCUGGACUUUUCGUUCAAUUCGAAUCACGGUGCGAAUUCCACUUGUAUUUAUCGCGUUGAAGUAUAUGGAAGACUGUGAAUUGCUUAAUUUUUUUAUAUAUUUAUUAUUCGUUUUAGAGCGAAUCAUUGUGCCACAAGCAAAUACAUAAGUAUGGCACAAAUUUGGAUAUACGAUUACGUAAACAUUGAAAGUUAUACCAUAAACUAGUCCAUAAUAAAGUACACGGAAAAGUU